CCACUUGUUUUUUGGCGCCAUUCGAAAUAAGUCGGUGUACCUGGUAAAACCUCAUAACUGUUUAGCAACACUUCGAAAGUAUACAUUUUUUCCUGCAUUAUAAUAUUUUUUGACGGCGACCAUGGUGCUGCAGUUACGCGGCCGGUGCGUAUUAACGGCGGCGGUGAUGAUGGCGGCGAUCACUUGUGCCGCGGGAGCCGGACAGCCGGAUGACGCGCCGAGGUCUGCGGUUGACAAACGGCAGGCGCCCGCGGAAGGCGACUACGCGGACAGGUCGUCGGACGGAUCGUACGCGUUCCGGUACGCGGACAGGAACCAGUUUCACUCGGCCGCCGCCAGUAAGGACAACGUCGUCUCCGGCAGAUUUGGCUCCAGAAGUCCCGAAACCGGCCUCAUCGUGCAAACGUCGUAUUCAGCCGGCCCUCGUGGUUUUCGUGCUCGCGGUCCGGAUAUUGCUAGACAAACCGAUUUAUCGCAAAUCCGCUUGCCAUAUUCACCACCUAUUCCAACCGAUUCCUCUAAAUACGAUCCGGCCUAUGACCGAUACCACGACCCAAAUGAAGACCCUAGUUACAAGUUCGCUGUUCGGACGCCUACACAUUCGAAAUCAGAAACCGCUGAUUCCAGAGGUCACGUCGAAGGCGCAUAUUCGUACUUGGACGAUGUCGGAAAGAGACACGACGUGCAGUACGAAGCCGGAGCCGGAACCGGAUUCCACAUCAAGUCUGCGCACCCGGACUCGGACACGUUCAGAGGUGUCUUCUAUAGCGGCCCCCCUGGAAAACCCGGCGGCCGGCCGCGUGGCCAUUCAUCCGUGGUGCUGGGCAAAGACGGUUCGUAUGGGUUCACGGCGUCCGGGCCGGACCAACGACGGUCGGAGGUGAGCGAUUCCAGUGGUCGCGUUCAAGGUUCGUACACGUACGUGGACGAUAAGGGCGUGCAGAGGACGGUGCAGUACGUUGCCGGCCCCGAGAUCGGUUAUCGAGUGGUGAACAACGCGGCGGCGGGGGGUGCGGCUGCAAUUGCCGCCGUGUCGGUGCCCACUUUGUUGCCGGGCGGCAAUGUCGUGUCACUACCACCAGCCCUAUUGAUCCCGUCGUCGUCCACGCCGUUAUCACCGGCCGCAUUCGAACAGGAUCUGUUCGGACCCGCGGCCUCCAGCACGCCCGCAGCACCGUUGCAUCAACAGUCAGACCGCCGACGCCCGAAACCGAUUCAAUCAUCGAUCAGCAUAGGCGGUGGAGGUGCUGAUGGCGUAGUUGGCGGUGGUGCUUCCGACGGGUUCCUGUCACCGGACAGCACGCUGCCACUGGGAUCGGCGUUCCCGGAGGACGAUCCAUCGCUACCACCGAAAAAGUGGCCAACCGUGUACAAGACCAAGGACGAGGAGUCGUUUUUCCAGUCUUUCGACAAGUUCAACAAGCGCUGGGAACAACAGCACCAAAAACAGCAACACGACCCGAAGAAAGGGUUCGCGGUACCGGACUCGUCGUCGUCGUCUUACGGCGCACAACCGACAUUGAGACCGUCCACCAGCAGGCCGGCCGUGACCGACAGCUCGUCAUACGACUACCACUCGUCGUCCACCAGCAGGCCAACCGUGCCCGACACGGUGUACGGUCAACCAGCUCGGCCUAUAGUGGUGGACGAGAAGUACGGCCAGUACGGCGGCACGGACUAUCAAAAACCCAGUAAAGACCAUUCGGAAUACAGUGGACACGAGGACCACGGGUUCAAUCGGUUCCCGGCUGGCACCAUCGUGAAAGCGCACGUGCACAGCUUGGACAUAUUACCGUUCGGGUACAGGGUACCAUCGCCGUCGUACGUUUUCGAGAAACAAUUCGGAAACGAUUACCAGAACGCAAUCAAAAAAUGACCAUUGUAGCUGACGCUCUCGGCAACAUAAGAAAACGGUUAGCAGCAUACGCGACUAAUAUCGUAUAAUUGUAUGAUUAUAACUGUUAUUAUUCCGAGUACCCGGGGGCAUAUUUUUACUCGUAUAAGUUAUUUUUAAUCUCAACAAUAUUAUAUUAUUUAUGGACAUCGGCUCGGGUGCCUCAUACGUACAUCGAUGUGAAAGCUAUGCAAAUAUACUUUAUAUUUUGAUCAAAUUUAGGACCGUAACGUUGCCAGAAUAAAUAUUUUUGAGAAAGUCGCUAACA